AUAAUCGUUUGGUAUUAAUCUUAAUCGUUUGCUAUUAAUCUCAAUUUAUAAUUUCAACAUUUUCCAUACGCCUCCUGGAAACGAUAUCUACAACAAUAUAUAACAUUUAACGCAGUAUAAUACUUUUUAUAAAUAUCGCACGUGGAAGUGCUUCAAAAUAUUUUAACGUCUAAUGUAUACUUAUUUGAAGCUUAUAAUUAACACUAAUCGUACCAUCGACGGGUCAUUUGACCCUUUUCGAACCAAUAAUACAUUUAUAAAAAAUUGUCGGUAUGUUUAGUGUUAAGUUACGUCUACGAAAAUGCUAUUUCGCCAUACCUUUUGUUAUCAUGCAAUCAAAUCAUAUUCAGUAUCUACGUUAAAAAUUGAUUGAUUGGAGUGGGAGUAAUUAACUCGUUUAAAUUCGCUCAAAUUUGAACCUACUAUAUUAGUCGUGGACCAAGUUCAGAAUUUGCAUGUCAACUUUGCACCAAUAAUUGUUUAGCUGCUCCAUUAGAACUGUGUGUGCUGGACAGUGCUGGAUAAAGGACAAGUAGAUGGAUUUUCAAGAAACUAUAGUGGUGUGCAGAAUACGGAUUCGUUAACGGUCGCUAGGAAAAAGGUCGUAUGCCUUCCAGUGUAUGUAUAUCAAUACGUCAGGCUUGGUCAGGCUGAAGGGAAUGUUUUUCGAUGCAGUUCACUGUACCUGUCAGUGUAUCCACGUAGAUUUUUUUUCUGGGACUGGCAAUUGACAGUGACGGGCGGAUUGUGUUGUUGAGAACAUUUUAUUACGCAAGCAUUUGUAACAAAAGCAAAAUAUUGGUGUCAGCAUUUCGAUUAUUACGAUGAGACACAAGUCUCAUGCAACAAUGUCAGUGUCGAGCAGGAUCGUCCUGUUACUCCUGCUCGGCCUGGCAGCAGUUAAUGGAAAUUAUUUUGGGACCAACGCUAAAAAAGAUGACCAGUGCUUCUGCAAGCUUAAGGGGUCAAUUGAUGACUGCAGCUGCAAUGUGGAUACAGUGGAUUAUUUUAAUAAUAUGAAAAUAUAUCCAAGGCUACAGAGUCUCCUUAUUAAAGAUUAUUUUAGAUUUUAUAAAGUUAAUCUGAAGCAAGAAUGUCCUUUCUGGGCUGAUGACAGUAAAUGUGCUAUAAGAUACUGUCAUGUUCAGCAUUGUGACGAGGAAGAUAUUCCUGCUGGUUUAAAGGGAGAGAUAUCAAGGCAUAAUCAUUUUAAUGAGAGUCCUGCUGAUAAAUAUAAUGCUGAUGCACAAGCUACUAAUUGUGAACAAAAUGCACGUGAUCACAAUCUUGAACUAAGUUUUAUCAAUACAACUAUCAGCUCUGAAAAUUAUAAGGAAUUUCAACGUUGGCAACAGCAUGAUGAUGCACAGGAUAAUUUUUGUGUAAAAGAAUCAAGUCCUGGAGAAUAUGUAGAUUUAUUACUUAAUCCUGAAAAAUAUACAGGAUACAAAGGGCCCAGUGCUCAUAGAAUAUGGCGAAGCAUUUAUAUGGAAAAUUGUUUUAGGCCAGAAAAUUCUCCACAUAAUUUUAUUCAAUCGUCCAAAAUGAACAGAAUGUGUUUGGAAAAACGAGUAUUUUAUAGAGCCAUAUCAGGCUUACAUGCUAGCAUUAAUAUUCAUUUAUGUGCAAAAUAUUUACUGUCAGCAAAAGACAGUUUGGAUGUAGUAUCAGGUGGCCAGUGGGGACCAAAUCUGGAAGAACUGCAGAGAAGGUUCUCGCCGGAAAUGACCGGUGGAGAAGGUCCUAACUGGUUAAAAAAUUUAUACUUUAUAUACUUAAUUGAAUUAAGAGCUUUGGCCAAAGCAGCUCCUUAUUUAGAAAGAGAAGAAUAUUACACUGGCAACGAUGAAAUUGAUAAAGAUACAAGACUCGCAGUAAAUGAUUUCCUGAAUAUUGUCAAAUCAUUCCCAGAUCAUUUUAAUGAAAGCGUUAUGUUCAAUGGUGGCGCAGAAGCACAACUGUUGAAGGAAGAGUUUAGACAGCACUUUAGAAAUAUUUCUCGCAUCAUGGAUUGUGUAGGAUGUGACAAGUGUAAAUUAUGGGGAAAACUCCAAAUUCAGGGUCUUGGUACAGCAUUAAAAAUAUUGUUCUCAGGAAAAUUUGAGAAAUGGGAAUCAACAUUAAUGACCUUUAAUAAGAAACAAUUUUAUCUCGAAAGAAGCGAAAUCGUUGCUCUCAUCAAUGCUUUUGGAAGAUUAUCAGAAAGCAUCUUUGAAUUGGAUAAAUUUCGUCACAUGAUGAGAUAGCACAACAUUAAUUAGGUAUUCCAUACUUUUUUCAAGUACCACUAUUAUACACAUCACAUAGUAAUUAGCUUUCAAUUAAGUUAAGUAGCGAUUAUAAUUCAUCAGGUGUUGGGUAUGUGUUUCCCUUUCGUGCUUAGCAUUCCUCACUAUUCCCAUAUAAAAUCGCAAUGAGGAACAUAACGUGCACUUUUCUAAUGAUACAAUUUUAGAGUUUUAGUAUUUCUAAAAUACUUGUUUAAUUCUUAUUUGAGAAAGACUUCAAUAUUGAAAAAUGUAAAAUGCUAUAUGUGCAUUAGACAGUACAGUAAUUGGUUUUUACAAGAUAAUCUUAUAUUGACGGUAACCAAAGAUGUUUUACAUUAAUCCUCAUUACGAUUUCACGAUAAACUCUGUAGAUUCUGACUCUGUCUGUGAUAAAUAUUUUCCCUAAGACGGACCUUCGUGUAACAAUUACGUUAUAACUCUACAGAUUCAACCAUAAUAUGGUCAGGUAAAAAUUUACGUUUCUACCUACGAAGAAUGACGCUGUUGCAAUAUCUAUAUUUCCGCGUGAAACUUUUUAAAGAUACAUAUAUACUUAUUUGGCAUAAUGUAUAUAUCUUAUUUUAAAGAACACGUUGGGAUGUUGAAUUUUAGAUAAAUUUAAUACUAUUGUGUUGUCAUGUCCGGUAACGAUUUUAUCUUUCACAGUGUAGAUCUUCCAAUUCGCUCCAUUAUGAUUUGUCAUCGAAUCGCACAAUUGGAUAAAAAAAAUUGCUCUCUAUAUUUUUAUAAUAGCUUGGCUAUUCUGAACGAGAAAUAACACAAUUAAUAAAAGAGAACUAUGUACGUUUGAGCAAAAAACAAAGUCUGUUACUUGCUUUAUGAAUUUGGAAUUGAUGUAACGAAUAAUUAUGUAUAUAAUUUAUUUCUUGGUUGGCCUAGGAGCAUUUUUUUAUAAAUACGUAUAUUGUGAGACAAACUGACGAGAGUUAUAUUGCAUUUAGUUAUACAAUAUACGUUAAAAUGUGCAAUUCAAAUAAAUCUAUUUUUUUUAUAUACCCAAUAUAAGUGCGCUAAGCUCCGAAAUAUAUUACGAUUUAUGAUUACGAGGACUUCAGGCUCAUUCAUUUGUUUUCUAAAAUAAAAUUACGUCUCUUGAAAUAUAGACUGGCAAGAAAUAUUCAUAUUUUUUCUAAUGAUAUUAUAUAUAGUUUGAUCUAAUAUUUGACCACAAUGAAUAGACCGUUCAUGCAUUUAUAAACAUUCAAUGCGCAACAAAUAAAAGAUACAAGUUUAAACGAAAUAAUGUUAGUGAUAAGCACUCAUAAUUGAUAUUUAUAUAUACAUGUAUAUUUGGUUCUUCGCAUAUCUGAUAUAUUAAUGAUGUCAUUUAUGAUUGAUAUCAGCCGUACGUUUAUGUUUUUCCAUGUGGUAAAGAUCUACAGUCGAUAUACUUUAUUAACAAAUAAUGUACGUCGCCAAACCAACGAAUUCGAGAUAAUUUUACUAGCUAUUUUCCAUUUUCUACGAUGUAAUAACAAUUCUAUGCUAGUAUAAUAUAUGGUCAGGUUUCCCGUGUUCUUCGAUUUUAUAGUACCCAUAAACAAUACCAUAAAUAUCUUUCAAACAUAUGACAAUGUACUCUGACUAAUUUAUUGUAUACUAUUAGAUAAAAAUUAUUUAUAAAAUGUUAA